CACGCCCCUUUUAGCCUACUGACUGUCAUUUGUAAUCUACAGAAACGCAGUUCAGCCUUCUUUCACUGACAUUGACAGAAGGAGUAGCCUAUAGAUAAACAAACAUGCAUUUCCUCUUUGUUGAUGGAUAGAGAGAAUAGGCUCGGCUGCAUGCGUCACAACUGGUUUGGACAGGCCUAGCAUGCUGAAUCCUAGAGCGAUGGAGACAGACCCAUCCUUGGAGACAUGCACUCAGAGCAGAGCAGAGACAGAGGGAGAGAGAACGGAGACCAGAGAGGGACCCACCAGGAGCCCCAGCCCCCUGUCCCCCAAUAGGUCUUCAGCUGCUCACAACCUUACUACUCCCCCUAAACUCACCCCUACUCCCCCUAAACUGAAUCCCCCCCGCCCUUCUAAACUCACCCCCACUCCCUCUGCUAGUAUGCUCACUCUCACCUCUACAUGCACACCCUCUUCCUCCUCUACACCUACCCCCAAUCCCCCUAAACUGAACCCCACCCCCUCACCUCCCCCCACGCUCACUCAUAAAACCCUCACUACCUUCACCCCUAUGGUACUCAACCCCACCCCAACAUGUACACCUACUUCCCCCUCACUUACUCCCAACCCCGUCACCCCUACAAUACUCAACCCCACCCCAACAUGUACACCUACUCCCCCCACACUUACACCCUCUCUACCUACACCCACGCAUGCCCCCACUAAAGUCACUCACAAACCUGUUCCUUUUCCCCUCACUCCCCCCACCAUCCAUUUUACUUCCCCUCUACUCACUCCCUCCCGCUCCUCCCCCACUGUAUCAGCCAUCACUUCUCUGCCCCCCUCCUCUGUAAACCAUGGCAACAUAUCUUCUGCUCCCGGGACUUCCUCCUUGACCAAUGGUAACGCAAGGCCAGUCCCCAAACCCACCUCUCCACCAAUCACGCCUUUCCAUACCCCGGCCAGCAGACAGAUACAUUUCCCUCGCCCCCUGGAUACACCCACUCUGGUGCAAGCCUAUCAGAGCACCUCGUCUGUCAGACAGAGGGUAUCCCAGCAGGCUUUGCUCCUAGGUCGGAGUUCUUGUUCCAGCCGAGACCAGAUGCUGCUCAGGACCCAGAUGCUGAUUUUCACCUCUACAGUACGGCCUGUCCCUUCCUCUUCCUCCUCUUCCUCUUGCCCUGCCUCCGCUCAGCUCCAGAGUCUAACCCUGCACCCCUCUGCUCCUGGAACUCUCACAAUCCCCCCUUCUUUACGUCUCAAACCUCCCUCUUCCUCCUCCCCCUCUCCUAUCUCUCGUCCCCGUACACCCCUUUUUCCCCCUCUCCGGCCACGUCCCCAGCCCAGUGCCAUGGUAACAGACAGGCAGACCACACCCACCCGGCACCUCUCAGUCCCACCUCCAACUCUCUACUCUUCUGUGCGUUCUGUCCCUCUGAGACCCAGACUUCAUUCUCCAAAUGGCCACAGGGUGGUGCCCCCGAGACACAGCCCGGCCCUGCAACCAAUCGCCGCUGCUGGACAGGCCCUGCCCAGCAGACAGUGGACUGGACCAGCCAGCAGUUUGUCAUCUCAAACCCCACCCACACAGACCACCCCAGGCCAAUCACAGCUCAGCUCAGGCUCUAGUCCCCUCCCCUUGGGUUCUACUUCCUGUUUUGAUCGGUUGCCGCCGGCAUCAAGGCAGCUGCAAAUCAUUGCCCUUUCCGCUGGCUCCACCCACCGCCACAGCCAACUACAGCCUGCUGCCAACACACACACCCCAGGUUCUGUCCAAUCAAAGCACCUGGUUCUUGAAUCCCCACCACCUCAGCUCGAUGCCCAACCACAGAGGACUUCUGAACACGCCUCUCCCUCUCCCACCUCCUCCAUCCACAAAGCCAACUCACCCCAGGCCAGACACACUGAACCAAAAGGAGAAGUGGGGAGACAGGGGGUAAGGGAGAAGAGAGAGAGGGUGGGAGGAGAGGAAGAAAAGAUGGGGGGAAUUGAAGAGCAGAGGAAUAGAGAGAGGGUGGGAGGAGACAGACAGGUGACAGGAGGGGAGAAAGGGAAUGUGGAUAAGAGAGGAGAGAGGGUGGGAGGAGAGGAGAGAGAGGGGACUAGAGGAGAGGAAAAAUGGAUGGAGAGAGUUAAAGGAUUUGAGACACUGAGAGAGAUGACAGAAGUAGAGAAGGGGCAGGAAAGGAUGACGAUAGAGGGAGAGGAGCAGAGAGAGAGGAUGGAAGUAGAGGAGGAGGAGCGGGGACAGAGGAUGGAAGUAGAGAAGGAGGAGCGGGGACAGAGGAUGGAAGUAGAGGAGGAGGAGCGGGGACAGAAAGAUGCAAUGAAAGGAGAGGAGGGGACUACAAUAGACCCACACCUCAAUGCAGACCCGGCUACUCAGAACCCUCCCUCAGAACCCCCCAUAAACAUCCAGAGACCAUCAGACCGUCCCAUAGAGCAAUCCCCAGACCUCCCCCACGUGGACCAAGAGGAUCUCUGUGAGAACAUGUUCAAUCAGUCUGACAACCAAUCAGUCUUGUCCAGUCUCUCCUCUCAGUCUCCCCCUGCCUCACCCUUCCUCACCCUUUCAUCUGACCUCCCCCCUCCUCUCCUGCCUGUUAGCCCUUCCCACCCAGAGACCCUCAGCCUAUCACAGAGCCGCCCUGAGACCUUCAGCCUAUCGGAGCGCAAGCCUUGGUCACAGAGGGUCUGGCCAGAGGGCGGGAGGCAUGUCUUAACUCACCUGGUGGAGGGCUUCAUCAUACAGGAGGGGCUGCAGGCAUUCCCGGUGAACCGCUCGUCUCUGUUGUUGGGAGGGCAGGAGGCUAUCUCCCAGAAUGGGAACAUAGAGGGGGCAGAGUUAUUACCGUUGACAGACACACCAGAGCCACUGGAACAUUCCAGCGAAUCAGAACAAGAGCGCGUGGCUACAAGUGACCCGCUCACAGGUCCCAGAGAGAGACAGAGGGGAGUGUUACAUUGCGAGUCUUGUGGGAAGAGAGGCCACGCCCACUCCUUCCACCGCUCCAAGCGAUACUGCUCCACUUCCUGUGCCCGCAGGUAUAAUGUAGGGCUGUCCAAGCGACUGCGUGCCCUGAGUGCUGGCAGCCAGCCAGAGGGGCGGCGCUCUGAGAUAAACAAGGUGGAGUCUGUGCCUGGGAAGCCUCUCCUACUGCGACUGCCCCGUGAAAUAUGGAGCGCCCAUAGCCGUGACAACGAAGAGGAGGAGGGGCAUGCUGUUCCCACGACGACCAGGCUAGAGCGCCGAGCGGCACGGAGGGCUAGGAGGGCCUCAGAGCCAGCGAUGACCCCUAGUAACCCCACUGUGACCUCUAGUGACCCCCUACCUGCACAGUGGAGCGUAGAGCAAGUCUGGGACUUCAUACACACACUGCCAGGUUGUGUCGAAGUUGCGGAGGCGUUCCGUGUUCAGGAGAUAGACGGCCAGGCCCUGCUGCUGCUCACUGAGGACCACCUGAUGACCAGCAUGAACAUCAAACUGGGACCAGCUCUCAAGAUCUGUGCCCACAUCAACACACUCAGACACUGAUAGAGAGGGAGGAGGAGAGAUGAGUGAAGGAGGUGAGGUGGGAGGGGGUGGGAGGAAGAGAAGAUGGAGACAGAAAAAAAGUGAGAGCAGUGGGCGUGGAAAAAGAUAGGGAAAAGAGUGAUUGAUAGAUGGGGAAGAGAGAGGGGAUGAGAGAGCGGGGAGAAAAAAAAGGACAGCGAAGAUGAGAGAUAAAGAGAUUCAUUCAAGAGAUGAAGAGCGAAUCAGUGAGAGAGGAGAGGCACGUUUUCUAUUCUAUUGUGUCUGUGUACAUAUUUUACAAUGCCGUCUAUUGGGUGUAACAAACUAUUUCAUUAAGGAUUUGUAAUAUACAGUAUCAUGUAUUUGUGUAUUUGGUUAUUAUUUUAAAAUGUGGUAUCACAUGUAAAUUGUAAAAUACUUUUUGAUUUUACAAAGUUGAUACACAAACAUUUUGAAAUAACUUUGUGGAAUUUAAUGUCUUAACUAAAUAAAUGAUUAUGUUUUUAUAUAUGAUCUCUUCUGAGAAAAAGAUAGAUCUUAUUUGACUCAUAACCAUGUAAAUGUAAAUUUUGUCAGAUGUCAUAAUGUUUUAUUUGAUUCUGCCUCUUAAAACUCAGUAAUAAAUCCAAUUAAUUUA